UCCGAAUUUUAAAAACAAAAGAAACCCAAACGGGCCCAACUCGUUAUGUUCUAGGGUUCGAGUAUAGAGUAUCCCAUUGAUGUUCAGAUGGUGAAAUACUACUCUUAGUAGCAGAUUGAUUAAUUGAGUAUCCAAUCAACACCUACUACGUCGAUCGAGGCCGUCUGAAUUAAGUCUUUGAAGGAUCUAGUUUUCUCUCAUGGCUACUGAAGAGCCUAAAGAUCCAUUUAAAGCAAUGGACUGGAAAAAUAUGCGUAGUUUUGAUGUGCAGAAUGAGCCCAGCACUGGGCCAGUGAUAAAGAAACGGCUGCCACGAAAGAUUAGGCAAAUUCCUGAUUGCUAUUUUCUUCCUCGGAGAUCAAUACCCUCUGCCAUUGCCUUUUACGGGGCAUGGAUUGCUGGUGGAAUUGGUGCUGGGAUGCUGUUGGAGGUCUGGAUAAAGAAGAAGGUCAAAGAGGAUGGUGGUGUCAUCUGGGAGUUUGACAAGUAACGAUUGGAUGGUAUGUUUCCUAAUCCAUGGGUUAAAAUCUAGACGACAACCGAAUAUUGGACUCAAUUCCAAAGUUUUGCUGUUGCCAAAGAAAAGGGUUUUGAUUUGCAGCUUUCUUCUCUGAUUAGCUUCGGAUUGUUUGCUGUAAUGGGGGAAACUCAAUUUGGAGUACGAAUUGUUCUACAUGCUUGAAUUCUUUCCUGUUUGCAAGGGAAAAUGUUAAUAUACGUUUGGAUCUUGCUUUAACA